UAUCAUUCUUCUUCUUGAUUUUUAAACGGCCUGCUGGUUUGUUACUUUUGUUUUGUAUCGGUACUCGCAACUUUAGAAGUCUUACUACUAUGUAUUUUAACAGCGAAGGGGAAGACUCAGAUGAUGAAUGGUUUUACAGUUCGUUUAAAAGAUAUGAUGACCUCUUGAUGUACAAUGUACAAGGCAGCAUCUCGUGUAUGGCUCUUAAGGGCAACAGCAAACUAUUACUAGCAUCAUCAAGAGGUCAGCAUCAUGAAAUUUCAGAGUUGAGUGUUCCUAAAAAGACCAUUGCUGGAAAAGAUUCUGGUCUGACAAGAGAUAGAGACUUUAGUGUACUGGCAGCUGGAUAUACAAAAGGCAUAAUAAAAAAGAUGUUGCCAUUAGAAUCAGGCAUUGUUACAUCGGAAUCAACUGGUAUUAAUUUUUAUUUGAUACCUAACCCAUCUGAUGAUACAGAUGUAAUAACCCUUAAACAAGUGAUAAAGAAGGGCAUUGAAAAUUGUCCUGUGGCUGCUGCUGGUUCAGUUGCCUAUUAUGGGAUGGAUAUUUCAGACAUUGUUGCCUACGACUUAAGCUCAGAUACCUCCAAUGACAUUUCAUUAGUGACUGGAAGUAUAGAACCACUCUGCAAAGAAGUGAAUUCAAGAACAAUAAAUGAACUUUGUGCUAAGCAUGGAAAUCUCUACAUCUGUUUAAAUCAUUCAGGAAGUGUGUUAAUGUACGACCCCAGGAAAGGCCAGGUUUCACAGAAAGGUGUUUACUGUGAUCCUUUAGGUGGUAGAUGGACAUUGGAUAUUAGUGACAGUGGUCAUUAUAUUUCUACUUUCAGUUCUAAUGGUACUUUAAGAUUACAUGACUCUAGAAACUUCAGUGAGUUAUUGUUUACCAGAAAUUUUGAGGUUCAAGAAGAUUUCAGAGCUGCAGCAGAGGAAUGCAUUUGUGUCAGACUAUGUCCACAUAACAGUUUUGUGUCAAUAUCAGGGACUGAUAGAAAUAUCCAGAUAUUAAACAUUAAUGAAAUUCAAAAAGAUACUAUUACAUUUGUCCAUGAUGGACAUAGGGAUAAAGAAAUACAAAGCAUCUCUACUCAUAUUUGGCAUCCAGUUCAGGAAAACUUAUUGUUUUCAGCUGACAAUACUGGCCAGCUUCAAGCAUGGAGAUUUAAAGGAAGCUAGUGGAUAUCUAGAUGGGGUUGUAGCCAUAAGAUAUAGAACAGUCAUAAUUUACUUAUGCUGUACUGCCCAGAAUGAUGCACUGUUGGUUAAGAAUGGAGGUGUUAGUGGAUAAAAUAAGUUCUGAGUAUUACUGAAAAGUAACCCUCAGUACAUAAAUAUUUUUGUUCCUACAAGGAUACACCCUGUAGGGGGGGAGUGCCGUCAGUGCACCUCAUUCAUGCAAUGUAGGCAUUACUUAAG